CUGUUAUGGCCGUAACGCAAGCGCUGCUCAGUGUCCAAAGCUCAGAGGAGAGGCAGCUAUGCAGAGCUGGUCACCACGGUCAAGGAAAGCAACGGAGAGGGUUUAAGCGUUUCAUGCUUUAAAACGAGGCAGCUCGUCUAAGUCAGGAAGCUAUGGGCGCUCAUAAACUGCUGUUUUCCGAGCUGAAGCUGUGGACCUCAGGAGGAGGUGGAUGGAUAGCGCGACUUCACAAAGGCGGCUGUGGAAAGGCUUCAUUGUCCUCAUGCAGCCCAAAGGUGUGUAUUGUCGGAAGCGGUCCAGCAGGUUUCUACACAGCACAGCAUCUAAUCAAGGCUCGCCAAGAUGUUGAGGUGGACAUUUAUGAGCGUCUGCCUGUCCCCUUUGGCCUGGUCAGGUUCGGAGUGGCCCCAGAUCAUCCUGAAGUCAAGAACGUCAUCAACACAUUCACGCAAACGGCCAAGCAUUCACGCUGCAGUUUCUAUGGCAAUGUGAACGUAGGCAAGAAUGUGAGCAUCACCGAGCUGCAGCAAGCCUACCACGCUGUCGUACUGAGUUAUGGUGCAGAGGGAAACCGGAGCAUGGGAGUACCGGGCGAAGACUUGGCUGGUGUGUACUCUGCCAAAGACUUUGUGGGCUGGUACAACGGACUCCCCAGCUGUCGAGAGCUGAGUCCAGACCUGAGCUGUGAAACAGCAGUCAUAUUGGGACAAGGCAACGUGGCCUUGGAUGUAGCAAGAAUUCUGCUAUCUCCCAUCGACAUUUUAAAGAAAACUGACAUCACACAACCAACACUGGAGGCUCUGGCAGAGAGCCAGGUCCGCAGGGUGCUGAUAGUUGGCAGGAGAGGACCCAUUCAGAUCGCUUGCACAAUCAAGGAGCUCAGAGAAAUGGUGAACCUGCCGGACACCAGGCCGGACAUGGUGGCGGCGGAUUUUGAUGGAGUCAAAGAGGCUCUUAAAGACUUGCCGAGGCCCAGAAAGCGUCUGACAGAGCUGAUGCUGAAGACGGCCCUAGAGGUACCCGGAGAAAAGGAGCAGGAGAGACGGAGCAAGGCCUCCCGCACCUGGGGCUUUCGAUUCUUCCGGAGCCCCGUGGAAGUUUUGGCCGAACCCGGCCACAGCAGAAUAGCUGGCAUCCGACUGGCGAUCAACAAGCUGGAGGGUUCAGGUGACGGAGCCCAGGCUGUGCUCACAGGAGAAGUGGAGGACGUGCCCUGCGGCCUGGUCGUCAGCAGUAUCGGCUACAAGAGCCUGCCCAUUGAUCCAUCAGUGCCUUUUGACUCCCGCAAAGCCAUCGUUCCAAACACCAUGGGCCGCGUUAAACAGGCUGCAGGUCUGUACUGUAGCGGCUGGCUUAAAACAGGCCCCACAGGUGUCAUAGCUACCACUAUGAACAAUAGCUUUGACACUGCACGAUCCAUUUUGGAGGACAUGGACUCGGGAACGUUGGAUAUGUCUGCUGCCAAGCCUGGAUCACAAAGCAUUAGUGCUCUGCUGGAAAAGAGAGGAGUGGAACCAGUGACUUUUUCAGACUGGGAGAAGAUUGACAAUGUGGAAAUGAAAAGAGGUGAAUCCCGUGGGAAACCCAGAGAAAAGCUACUGACUGUGGAGGAAAUGCUGCACGUGGCUUGGACAUGAAAGAAUGAAACCUUUUUCAUGUGAACAGGCAAUGCUACCUAAAAAACGACUGCACUUGUCUUUAGGGAUCUCACUGAUUGAUCACACAAUAAAAAUGACUAUUUGAACUCCUUAA